CAAGAUGAUCAGCAGCAGCAGGAGGAGGUGACUGGGAUGGUUUGUCAGGAGGCCGACCUGAAAGAUGGACAGAUGAAGGAAGUGACAGUGGGGGAGCAGAAGGUGCUGCUGGUCCGGACUCGGGGUCAGUUCAGUGCUGUUGGAAGCCAGUGCUCUCACUAUAAUGCUCCUCUUAUCAAAGGAGCUCUGGUCGGGGACAGGGUGAGAUGUCCGUUUCAUGGCGCCUGCUUUAAUGUCAGAACCGGAGACAUCGAGGAGUAUCCGGGUUUGGACUCUCUGCCUUGUUACAAGGUAAAAGUUGACGAUGGCAAGGUGUAUGUUUCUGUCAGCAAGAAUUCUCUGAAGUCGACAAGGCGAGUGAAGGAAAUGUGCGGCAUGAAGCCAGACAGCAAACACACGGUGCUGCUGAUAGGAGGAGGCCCUGCUUCUCUGGUUUGUGCUGAAACUCUGCGUCAGAACUGCUACCAAGGACGAAUCGUCAUCAUAACCAAAGACAACCUGCCUCCGUUCGACAAGCCCAAACUGAGUAAGGCUUUGAAUGUGGACAGCAGCAGCAUCCUCCUCCGACCAAGUGACUUCUACCAGCAGUAUGGGAUCGAGGUGUGGACGCAGAGGGAGGUGGUGUCGGUGAUCCCGGCUGAUAAGGCGGUGAAGCUGAGUGACGGCUCUGUGCAGCGAUACGACCAGCUCCUCAUCUCAACCGGCUGCAGAGCGCGGCCACUCGACUGUCCCGGCUCGGAGCUGAAGGGAGUAAAGUUACUGCAGCGAUACGAAGACGCCAAAGAGAUUCACGAGUCCUGUUUGGACCAGAGAGUCGUUGUGAUCGGAGCCUCCUUCAUAGGUAUGGAGGUGGCGUCCUACUUAUCAGACAAAGCUGCCAGCGUGGCCGUGGUCGGAGCUUCCAGAAACCCGUAUGAGCGAUCUCUGGGGCCCGAGAUCGGCAAAAUGAGCAAGCAAAUGUUGGAGGAAAACAAUGUAAAGUUCUUCAUGAAUGAUAGAGUCACAGAGAUCCAAGGGGAGAACGGCAAGGUGAAACAGGUGGUGCUGAAAAGCGGUGCAGUCCUGGAGGCUGAUGUGGUGAUUGCUGGAAUUGGUGUAAUCCCCAAUUCAGACUUCUUGGCAGGAAGCGGGUUGGAAGUGGAUUCAAAGAAAGCUGUGAUUGUUGACAAGUGCAUGAGGACCAACGUACCAGAUAUUUUUAGUGCUGGAGAUGUUACGUCGUUCCCUCUCACCAUCCGCAGAGACCAAAGGGUUAACAUCGGUCACUGGCAAAUGUCACAAGCUCAAGGAAGAGUAGCUGCCUUAAACAUGCUGCAGAAACCGACCACAUGUGAGUCUGUUCCUUUCUUCUGGACCGUGCUGCUUGGGAAGAGCAUCAGAUACACAGGUUACGGAGAAGGAUACACAGAAAUCAUAUUCAAAGGCAAAGUGGAAGAGAGGAAGUUCCUGGCUUUCUAUCUGAAAGACGAGGUGGUGGUGGCUGCGGCCAGCCUGAUGUUUGAUCCAGCUGUGGCUCGUGUUGCAGAGCUGAUGGCUGCCGGUCAGAUCGUAACAAAGGCUCAGGCUCAAGCUGACGACCCGAGCUGGCUGCAGAUGUAACUGGACGCCGGCUGUUUCCAGAGUUGCAUCUCUCCGUGAUGAAGGAUGUCGUCUCAUUCUUUAAUCUUCC